AUGGCUCCGGCUUGUCAAUCAAAGUCAAGUUGUCAGCGCUGCAGGCACAAGCACAACACAUUAUUGCAUUUUGAAAAAGUCAGUCAAGGUUAUGCAUCAAAGCAAUAUACUAAUGAAGAUGAAGAUCCGCAAACUUCUUCUACUCCUCCAGAUCAGCGAAGGUCAUCAGUGCAUUCAUGUUUUGCAGCAAAACCAACAGAUACCCAUGUUUUUCUUUCAACUGCCAUAGUACAAGUGACUGAUAGUCGUGGUUUUAUGCGUGACACUAGAGCGGUAUUAGACAGUGGGUCUAUGGUAAAUUUUAUUUCGAGAAGUCUGUUAAAUGUCCUGCAGCUCAAUACUCAAAAGACAAGCUUACCAAUUCGCGGAGUGGGAGCUAGUCAAGUUCAGUCUGUAGCCAAGGUAGAAAUACAUGUGUAUUCUAAGGUCACAAAUUACAGAAUAAUUCUGCCAUGCUUUGUGUUACCAACUGUUGUGAGUGAACUCCCAGCAUGUAAUGCACAAACAAGUAAUUGGAACAUUCCUUUUGAUCUAAGAUGUAAACUGGCAGAUCCCAAGUUCGACAAAGCUGGGUCAGUCGAUAUCUUAAUUGGAGCUGGGAUAUUUUAUGAGUUACUAGAAGCAGAGCGCGUGUCUUUGGGAAUCGGAAACCUCAGUUUACAAGACACGAAACUUGGUUGGAUAGUCACGGGCGGACUCGAAGUUACUUGUCUUCUAGGCAUUAAUUCCCUCGGAGAAACAAUGGAAAGUGACUGGAAAGCAAUACUUGCAGAUGAGCAACAAUAUGGUAAAGGAUCAAAGGCAAAUCAAAGGUGUGAAGAAGAAGAGGAAACUCUCCAGCAUUUCAAGAAGUCGGUUAGGCGAAGUGAAGAUGGUCGCUUUGUACUGCGUUUACCAACCAAGCCAGAGACGCAAAACUUAGGUGACAGUUUAGCGAUGGCAACCUCAAGGUUCAUUAAUAUUGAAAGAAGACUUCAACGAGAUGAACAGUUACGAGUCGAGUAUGUAAAAUUCAUGAAGGAGUACUUUGAUAUGGGACAUAUGCGAGAAGUGACGACCGAAGAAGAAUUGUUUAAAAAGGGAUACUAUUUACCACCUCAUCCGGUGCUGAAGUCUUCGAGUCUUACAACCAAGACACGAGUAGUUUUCGAUGGUUCAGCAAGAACUACAUCCGGAUUGGCACUAAAUGAUGUACUCAUGCGUGGGCCUACUGUCCAAGAGGAUAUUUUCUCAAUUCUAGUUAGGUUUCGGAAACAUCAGUACGUAAUCACGGCUGAUAUCGAAAAAAUGUUUCGGCAGAUAAUGAUAUCGCCAGAGGAUUGUCACUUACAAAGAAUACUUUGGCGUGCAAAUCCAAGUGAAAUGCUCCGAACCUACAAUCUGUUGACAAUUACAUAUGGUACGACACCCGCAUCCUUUAUGGCCACGCAAUGCUUAGUUACGCUCGCUGAAGAAAUAGAAAAGGAGAAUCCAAAGGUGGCAGAAGUAAUAAGUAGAGACUUCUAUAUGGAUGAUCUUAUGACAGGUUGUGAUACGGUAGAAGAAUGUAUGCAGUUACAAAAGCAUAUAACCGUCAUUUUGGAAUCCGCAAAGCUACCGUUAAGAAAGUGGUGUUCGAAUUCGCAUUUAAUCAUUGACAACAUAAGUGAGAACGAUAAGGAUCCUCUUUUCGUUUUAAAUUUAGGUGACGAGGAUACUGUGAAGUCAUUAGGUCUAUGCUGGCAACCAUCACUUGAUCAGUUUAAGUUUAAUAUUGCGAUUCCGUUAGAUAGAGUAACGUUGACUAAGAGAAAGUUGCUAUCAGAGCUAAAUAGGGUGUUUGAUCCAUUAGGAUUCUUGGGUCCAGUGCUCAUCAAAGGAAAGAUUUUUCUUCAACAUCUCUGGCAGCAAAAAAUUGAUUGGGAUGCACCACUACAAGCAGAUAUCCAAGAAAAGUGGAGAAAGUACUACUCUGGACUGGAGUUACUUAAGGAGCUUUGUAUUCAUCGUAAGUGCAAGUUCCAAUCUGGUGACCAAUUUGAAGUGCAUGGUUUUUGUGAUGCGUCAAUAGAAGCGUACGGAGCUUGCAUAUACAUACGGAGUUUAGAUCAUCAAGGCACAUGGCAAUCACGGUAG